UGAGGAGGAUGCGGCAGCGGGCGCCGCGGCGGGCCGGAGGAGUAGGCGGCGGUGCCCUGGGGAGGGAGCCGCGCGCGGGCCAGACGGCUCCCGGAGGCUCCGCAGUGCCGCCGCCGUCGCCCGGGAGGCUCCGCGCGGGAGCCAUGUAACCUGCGGCGGGCUCCGGGCUGCUCCGUCCUCGCCCAGCUCCCGGGCCAGCGCGGCAGCGGGGCCACGAUGAAGAAGCAGUUCAAUCGCAUGCGCCAGCUGGCCAACCAGACGGUGGGCAGGGCAGAAAAGACGGAAGUUCUGAGCGAAGACCUUCUUCAGGUGGAGAAGCGCCUGGAGCUGGUGAAGCAAGUUUCCCACAGCACGCAUAAGAAGCUCACUGCAUGUCUCCAGGGCCAGCAAGGGGCUGAGGCCGACAAGCGUUCUAAAAAGUUGCCUUUGACAACACUGGCUCAGUGUUUGAUGGAGGGGUCAGCUAUCCUGGGAGAUGACACACUUCUCGGGAAGAUGCUGAAACUCUGUGGAGAGACAGAGGACAAGUUGGCUCAGGAGCUGAUCCACUUUGAGCUGCAGGUGGAGAGAGAUGUGAUCGAGCCCCUGUUUUUGCUGGCCGAGGUGGAAAUCCCAAACAUUCAGAAGCAGAGGAAACACUUAGCAAAGCUGGUGUUGGACAUGGAUUCUUCACGAACGAGGUGGCAGCAGACUUCCAAGUCUUCAGGUCUGUCCAGCGGCUUACAGCCUGCGGGUGCCAAAGCUGAUGCCCUCAGGGAAGAGAUGGAGGAGGCUGCCAACAGAGUGGAGAUUUGCAGGGACCAGCUCUCGGCAGACAUGUACAGUUUCGUGGCCAAAGAAAUCGACUAUGCAAAUUACUUUCAAACGCUCAUCGAGGUGCAAGCAGAGUACCACAGGAAGUCGCUUACGCUCCUCCAGGCCGUGUUGCCUCAGAUAAAAGCACAACAGGAGGCCUGGGUGGAGAAGCCUUCAUUCGGAAAGCCUCUGGAAGAGCAUCUCGUGACCAGCGGCCGGGAGAUCGCCUUCCCCAUCGAGGCCUGUGUGACGAUGCUGCUUGAGUGCGGGAUGCAGGAGGAGGGACUCUUCCGAGUAGCGCCGUCUGCCUCCAAGUUGAAGAAGUUGAAAGCUGCCCUGGACUGCUGCGUGGUGGACGUCCAGGAGUACUCAGCGGACCCCCACGCAAUCGCGGGAGCUUUGAAAUCUUACCUCCGAGAGUUGCCGGAACCUUUGAUGACCUUUGAACUCUAUGACGAGUGGAUUCAGGCUUCCAAUAUUCAGGAGCAAGACAAGAGGCUUCAGGCUCUGUGGAAUGCUUGUGAAAAAUUGCCCAAGGCCAAUCACAACAACAUCCGAUACUUGAUCAAAUUUUUAUCCAAGCUCUCAGAAUAUCAAGACAUAAACAAGAUGACUCCCAGUAACAUAGCAAUUGUGUUAGGACCCAACCUCCUGUGGCCGCAAGCGGAGGGGAACAUCACGGAGAUGAUGACCACAGUUUCCCUGCAGAUCGUUGGGAUCAUCGAGCCCAUCAUCCAGCAUGCAGACUGGUUCUUCCCUGGGGAGAUAGAGUUCAACAUCACAGGGAAUUAUGGGAGUCCCGUACACGUGAACCACAACGCCAACUACAGCUCCAUGCCCUCCCCAGACAUGGACCCCGCUGACCGGCGCCAGCCCGAGCAGGCCCGCCGGCCCCUCAGUGUCGCCACGGAUAAUAUGAUGCUGGAGUUUUACAAAAAGGAUGGCCUUAGGAAAAUCCAAAGCAUGGGCGUGAGGGUCAUGGACACGUCCUGGGUGGCCCGAAGAGGCUCCUCGGCCGGCAGGAAGGCGUCCUGCGCCCCGCCCACCAUGCAGCCCCCCGCGCCGCCCAUGGAGCCCGGGCUUCCCGAGAAUAGCAUCCCCCAGCAAGCGCAUUCGGAAAGGCUGUUCCCCCCCUUUACGUGGGUGCAAAUCAGGGAAGGAGUGGUGGUCCUGUGGUCCCGCGGGGCCUGGGGACCUGUGCACUGCAUCUGUGCUGGAGAGAGAGCUGGGAGGCUAAGUAGCACAUCGAAAAGCAAGGAGCUUUCUCCGGGAUCUGCGCAGAAAGGAAGUCCAGGCUCCAGCCAGGGGACACCUGGUGCAGGGACGCAGCCAGGGGCCCAAGCGGGCACCAGCCCCAGCCAGCCGCCCCCAGACCAGAGCCCGCACACUCUUCGGAAAGUUUCCAAGAAGUUGGCUCCGAUUCCACCCAAGGUCCCCUUCGGCCAGCCGGGGGCUGUGAGCGACCAGUCCGCCGGCCAGCCGUCCCCGCUCAGCCUGUCCCCCACCCCGCCGAGCACCCCUUCGCCCUACGGACUGAGUUACCCCCAGGGAUACUCCCUGGCCUCUGGCCAGCUCUCGCCGGCGGCCGCGGCCCCUCCCCUGGCCUCCCCCUCCGGCUUCGCGAGCACCGCGGCCAAAUCUCGGCCCACCCCCAAGCCCCGACAGAGACCCACCCUGCCGCCCCCUCAGCCUCCCACAGUCAGCCUGCCGGCCCCGAGUCCACAGUCCACGGAGCACCCCGUGCUGGACGGCAUGGCCCCCGGGGAGAGCAUGUCAACAGAUCUCGUCCACUUCGACAUCCCCUCCAUCCACGUAGAGCUCGGGCCGCCGCUCCGCCUGAGCCCCCUGGAGCAUGCGCGGCGACACUCGGUGACCGAGAAGAGGGACUCGGAGGAGGAGUCUGAGAGCACCGCCCUCUGACCCGCGCCCGCCCCGCGUGUACAUACCUGGCCCCGCCCACCACGCCCCGCCCCGCCCCGCCGCGCCCCUGGGCUGGCCAGGCCGGAGUUGUGCCGAACGCGCUCACCUCCCGCCUGCGUGGCCCGCGUGGGUGCAGACUUCGUUCCCUCCAGGUGGUGGCUCUGGCCUUUUGUUUGAUCUUUGCCUUUUGACUUUGUGCCUCUUUUGAUCCACUUUGAGCCUACAUGCCCAGCGGGCACCCCCCUCCGGCCCGAGGGCUUCCAUGUCAGAAAGGUCCUUUGUGGGUGCAGGCUGGGGGGGGGAGUGCGCAGGACAGGACGGUCGGGGUGCCUGGAUCCACCCGCAGCUGCCGCCUGGGCUCUGACAGCUCAUGGCUGCGGGGGGGGGGGGGGAGCCCGUGUAAAAAUCUUUCAGGCCGCCCUUACUGCGAGGGCUCUAAAGUCAAUGGCUUAAAAUUUGUUUCACGUCUGAUUUUUUUUUCCCCCCAACCAUGUGACGGAGAGCUCCCGUCCCGCCCUUCGUUUUAUAGUUCUUCAUUUAGAAAGGUGAUCCCGAGGGUGUCGGCCGGCCCAGAGAUGGCUCCCGCCCCCCCCCCCCCAACNCCCCCCCC